UAUGAGCACAUAACAUCAAAACUGGACUUCAAGUUGAUAAUAAACCAUGAAUUUAAUACAGUGGCUGUAUAUAAUUAUCAGUCUUCAAGUACAGAUAAAGAUUGCCACAAGUGAACAAAAUGCCGGAUAUUACUGUUUAGCUGAUAUCCAAUAUGACGACCUCAUUCAUAUUGAUUUCCAAUUGGAUCGAGCAGGAGAACCCGUUAAUUACGUGUAUGCACAGAAUGCAACAGAUAACACACCACUUCCAGAUUGCAGUCCAAAAUAUGAUCCUUCCAGUAAUGUUUACCACAUGCGCAUAACAGUCAAUACAACAUCACAUGAGCAAAUCAGUCCGUCAUCGCCAUGCGGGGUCUUGUUUUCUGGCAAUAUGUAUACUGUUAAACUGAAAGCUUUUGCAAGUGAAGGUUUGAUAUCCGACAGUGACAGUUUGUUUACUAUCAGAUGUGAAUCCAGUAUAGAAAGCAGUACAGUUGGAACUGUCAAAGUCGGAAAUAUAGAACAUAUAUCUUUAAUUGGAAUUUUUCUCAAAUCAACACUGGAAGUUUUGGUGUCUCCCGACUGGAAAGCGGGAUUUAGUGCUAAUAUUGGUGAUAAGGUCAAACUCAAGUUUACCUUGACUUUUACCGGUGCAAAGGAAAACGUGGAUAUCAUAGGUGCUCGUUUGGUAGGGUUGACAGUUGCUCCGACGAACAAUUUCCAACCUAUAAAUAGAACAAUGAUGGAUUCAGAUGGCUGUCCAGUAAAUCAUUCACAAAACGUAUUAGAAGUGUCUGGGCCAUUUGAAACAGAAUCAAAUGGAACAUCACCAUUUAUAGCGUAUUCUCCGGAGUUUGAAAUUGCCCGUUUCGUUGAUUAUCCUGUUUUACAUUUCCGUGUGGACAUAGAAUACUGUUUUACUUUAGAUUGUUUUCAAAACAUGUGUAGUAACAGAAAGAAACGAGCUUUGGAUGACAGUAAUUCUAAGCAAAUAGUUACUCAGUCCCAAUUAACAGUCUUUAAUCCAUAUUCAGAAGAUUCACUGAAUUCACAAAACAGCCCUUGUUACAGCAGUACGACGUUUGUGGCAAUUGUCUCUACACUGUUAGGUCUAAUACUUUUGGAGGGUUUGGUUUUAUUGUUUGAAGCAAAGAAAUUACAAAUAGUAAAAACAAAGGUAUCUCCAAGUCAAAGCAUUUCGUUUGAGAAAGUACCAUUGUGUGAUUCGGAAUAUAAAAAUCCUGUUAAUGGUUACCAUCCACCAAAACAACAUAACAUAGGACAUUUUGUUAUGUGAUUAUUUACUCGGCCAACGAGCCAUCAACGAGUGUUUAAAACUUUCGGAGUUGAUUAUUGUUUUGAUAAACCCUGGUUUUUAGUUCCUGCAUACGCUUUCAUUGUGAUUUAAAUUCUUAUGUUCUUUAUUUUUGUUUGUAAAAGAUUUCAAAAGGCUUUAGUUUGUACAGCAGGUUGUAUAAAUAUUGAGCGCAAAGUUAUUUCAAUCUGUUUAACGUGAUGAUUAUUUGUCCACGCUCCACUUACAAUGAUCUAAAAAAACGCUCUGUUUUAUAGACCUUUCGGAAUCCUCUGGUCAUGUUGCAAUGAUACACACCUUGACAAAUUAGGAUAUAAUUUUCCUUGGCUGAUGUAAUAUUUACUGAAACAGAAAGUUUAAAGGAGUGUUGUCAGAUCCGUAUAAGCAAAGAGUUAACACAAGAUCUUUAUUUUAAUCAAAUUAAAGUUAAUUGAAAAAAUUUGAGCGGGAAUAUGUUUGAUUAGACACAUUAAAGGUUUUUAAAAUGAGAGACUAAAUAUACCAAAGGGACAUCCAAACUCAUAAGUCGAGAAUAAACACACAAAAAAAAGUAUACAAAACACAACAUAGGAAACUGAAGACUGGGCUACACGAAACCAACCAAAAACUGGGGGUGAUCUCAGGUGCUCCGGAAGGGUAAGUAGAUCCUGCUCCACAUGUGGCACCAGUCGUGUUACUCAAAUAUGUACAAACCCGAUGAUGAGUCGGUCACAUUUGGGGAAAAGGAGAACGGAAUUGUGAUAACGACGAUGAGAACAUUUUCGUUGUCAUCUGUGAAACAGAUAUUCCAUCACGGUCAAUCAACUCGUGACAGAGUCAACAAAAUUAAGGAAUAUUUCUGCUGAAAUCUAAAUUCAUUGAAAGUUUGAAUGCAGCUUUGUGAAUAAAUGCUUAUCUUUC